AUUAAUUCGCUUUUCGAGAUUCUGUUAUGCGAACUAUCGCAUAAACUCGAAUCGUAUUGCUCGACAGGUCGAGAGGUGCCGAAUCAAAUCGAAUUUCGAAUGUGUUGACAGUUGAUGUAAGUUUUUUGUUUUGAAGUGAAAAGUGAAAUAAUAAUAUAACCUCAAUAUAUAUAUUUUCGAGUCUAUUGGUUUAUUUUGUGUUAUUGACUAUUUAAUAAAUGAAAAUAAAUUGAAAUGGCUUCAUUCAAAAUAAAAGAAUGCCAUUGGGAAGUCCUAAUGGCAUAUAUGGAAGAGCACAAAGACUUUGCGAACGGGCGGUUCUUAGGACUCCAGGGGCGGGAAACGCAAAGAAAAAUGUGGUCGACAAUUGCAAACCGGCUGAAUGCACUUGGAUAUGGCGAGAGAUCGGCUGAAAAAUGGCAAAAAACUUGGGCGGAUUUCAAACACAAUUUGAAAAAAAAGGGACAGAUGAUUAAUUCAGACUUGCACGGAACAGGAGGGGGUGGACAUUCCUCUGCACCGUUUAAUAGUUUUGAAUUACGAGCCUUGAACAUUUUUGGUGGCAAAACAUUUUAUGCUGGAGCAGGGAGUACCGAACUUGGUAUUUUAUCACCAAGUAUAUCGCAACCAAAAGCAAACACAACACCAGAGUCACUGGAUGUCAUUGCACUGGAUGAUGACGAUUUGAAGUUUAAAAAGCCAAAUACUUCUGCAGAACCGCAACCUUCACCAUGGAGAAGUUUCAAUAAGACUCUUGCUACCAGAAAGCAAACAACAAGAGUCACAACUGACUAUCAUGACCAUGAUUAUGAGGGAACCCCUCCCACAAAAAAGAAAAAAGAUCAUUCAGAUGAAGCUUACAGAGAAACCAUUGAUAUAUUGAAAGAGAUCAAGGAAACAAUACACCAAGGACUGAGUGAAAUAAAGGAAGUACUGGAUAGCAGGCUCCAACAAAUUGCUGAAGGUGUAAAUUCCGGAAAGUAGUAACGGCAGUAAGGCUAAGUUGGGGUACAUUCAUAUUUUGCUGAUGCAUUAUGGGUGAACCCGAGAAUACUUACCAAGCUUUAUCUUAGGCAUAUCGAUAUCGAUUUUAAAUUUUGGGGAUGUAUAUCAUUCAUAUUGAUGCAGAAUUUCAGCCUUAAAACAAUUAAUUUUCGCUUUUGGUUUGACCGGAAGUGCCAUCAACUUCUUUAUUUCUAAUAGAUCAACCCCUUCAUUACUAUAUUUUUGGAUUCUACGAAAAAUUCUAAUCAUACUUUAUGCAUAAUAUUCUAUACUUAACUUUAUUAAUGGUUCAGGUUGGGUUAUAGGAUAUUAUACACUUAAAUAUGCUUGUAAUUUCUCCUGGAAUCCAAAAAUAUAUUAAAUGAGGUGAUCCAUCCAAAAUAAAGAAGUUGAUGGCACUAUCCAGUCAAUUGUUUUUAUGCUGAAAUUCUGCAUUGACAUCAACAAUAUACAUCCUUGAAAUUCAAACCGAUAUCAGUUUCCAUGCCUAAGAUAGAGCUUGGUAAGUAAUCAGUGGUCACCCAAGUUUGUUUGUAUGUUUUGUCAUAAUAAUGUCUAUGCCUCUUACCUCACUUUACUGCAACUUAUCGAUGGUGAAGGUUCUGGUUCUGCAGAGGUACUUGGCUUCUUAAACUCUUAAUUCUUAUAAUCUUGUUGAGUUAAAUUUAAAAUAGAUUUUUCAGUGUUUGCUAUUAUUAUGUCAAUCUUUUAACAAUGCGUACAGACAAUAAAAAUAAGUCCAAUGAUUCAUACAGUUUUCUGCCUACUAGGUAUCAGAUGAGUUGUACCUUCACAUCAUCAGCGUCUAGUGUUGUGUUUGCUUGUGAUGUGCUUCAAGAAAAGAUUGUUAGAUGAUUUCAAAUUAAAAUUUUUGGAUAAUUGCAAUUAUUAAAUGUGAUCAUUGGACUUUUAGAUUUAGAAUAAUUAUUUUUAAUAGGUAGGUAUUCGCUUUUGUACUUUCUGACUUUGUACAAGAGUGAGAACCUAUAAAUAUAUACAAUACUAAUAAGUUACAACACAAGGAAGUCACCUUACUCAAUUAUUGUCACCAAGUAGGUACAUCACAAGCAAACACAAUACUAGAUAAUCAUGAUGUGAAGGUAUAACUCAUUCGAUAUCUAGUAGGCAGAAAACUGUAUGAAUCAUUGGACUCAUUUUAUUGUCUGUCACAUCUUUACUUUGUUUCUCACAUUAAUAACCAAUUUGAAACUAUUAUUAGGUUUGUUUGUUACUUCAACCCUUAUUUGUGGGUAGUGUUUUUUCAAAUUUAGAAUCAAUAUUUUUGUUACUUACCUACUUACCUUUGCAGUUUGUAGGUGUUUUCGUUAGGUGUUUUGUAUAAAUGACCUAUUUGAAAAUAAAAUUAUGUUUGUUUCUUUAGUCCUUCGUUUGUGAUUAGUAUUAUUUUAAGAAUUUUUUUUUUGUUUUGUUACUUAUCCUUGCACAUUGCAGGAGCGUUGUAUAGAAUAUAUUUUUUAUUUUUUUAUUGUUAUUUUGUCUUAUGAAAUAUAUAAAGAUUUGAGAAAUUGUCCUUUUUUAUUUCAAGUGAACAUUUAUUGUAUAAAAUCUGAAAGCAUCACAGUAUAUAAUGAUAUUACAGUUUCAAUAUAAGUAAUAAUUAAAAUCUAUUUUUUGUAGGUAAGUAGUGGAGAAGAAAAUCUAAAGUCUUGACAUUGAUUCAGUAUUUAUAGUUAACCCAAACACAUCUGUUCAAAUGUUUAUUUGUCACUCAUUUGUAAAACGUCACUUAUCAAGUUAAAACAUAAACAACAAAAAUUGAUUUUUACAUUUACAAGCUACUGACUUGUUAAAAGGACAGGUAAACUGUAAUAGUAUAUUACAAUCUGAGACGGGAAAUAAUCUAUUACUGUCGAGAGAUAUUACAAUUUAUCAAGACACAUAGUGUCGAGAUAAACUAUAUCUUGAGACAGUAAUUAAAUUUUUUGUCGAGCAUAGUAUUACUAUUUUAUUUUUAACCAAAGUUUUUUGCCAAUUCACAUUAGAAAUAAAAUUAUUGAAUGUGAACGUAGUGUCAUGGUAUUUGUUUAAGAGCCAGUAUUAUAAAGCACUGAACCACUGGUUGAAUUUCAACCUUCCCUUGAAUCCUAUCAAUUUGCCCGGAGUCAACCAAAGGUUGAAACUCAACCAUCGAUCGGUUCAGUGUUUAUAAUACUGACCAUAAAUGACAUAAGACAUACUUUCAAAAAACCAUAGCAAUCUUUGAUUGUUUUUUUUUUGAAGACCCGUUAUCUUCUGGCUUAUUCAUUUGUGGAAAAAAAAUAUAUCUUUUACAAAUGAGUAACAAAUAAAUUAUUGUACAUUAUACACCAUGUAGCAGUUUUUACUGGCUUUUAAAGGUGACAAGCUGGACUAAUGGCUCGCUAGUCAUUUCCUUCAAUUGCCAGUGAAAACUGUUUUAUAUACCUGGCUAAGAAUGUAAAAUACUAAUUUUGAUCUACUAUUUUCAAUUACUCACUAAUUAAACAAUGCUGUUACUUAUUUUAAAGAUGUAGUACUAAUGUUUUUAACAUAAACAGCUACACCACAAAUGGGCACUCACACUAGUCACACUUACAUCUAACAUUUAUUGGAAGUAUCUCUGCACAAUAUUAUUUCUUAUGUUGAGAGCUUCAGCAUGAUUAUGAUGACGUGGGAGCUGAAUUUCUUGUGCUGGUAUAUCUUCCAAAUCUGGUAAAAACUCAUAGUCAAAAGGCAUAUUUGCUUCCACACAAAUGUUGUGUAAAACAGCACUGGCUUUGACAAUGUUGCACAUAAAUUGGGGCGAGUAACGUGCAGAUCUUUCUCGUAAAAUGCAUCUGAAACGCAUUUUCCACAGACCAAUGCACCUCUCAACAGCACUUCUUGCUGAUGUGAGAGCACGAUUGUAUCUAAUUUGUGCUUCAUUUUCAGGAGCUCUAAAAGGUGUCAUUAGAUAGGGCUGUAGAGGGUAUCCCGAAUCUCCUAUGAGCCAACUUCUUUCCCUAUUUUCAAAUAUAUUUCUCAUGAAAUUUUGGGCUUGUGAUGCAUUCCAUAUAAAUGCGUCGUGAGUGGCCCCUCCAAAAUUUGCAAACAGACCACGAAUUUUUAAAUUGUGGUCACAAAUAACCUGGACAUUUAGGGAAUGGUAACCUUUCCUAUUGAUGUAUAACUGUUCAUUAAGAGGUGGCUUUAAAAUAGCUAUGUGGGUACCAUCUACCAUGCCUACCACUCCUGGAAAUCCUGAAUGGUGCAUUAUUUCUUCUUUUAUUGAAUUUCUUUCAUUGAGAGUAUUGGGCAUAAAAAUAAAUUGAUCAGCAAUAUUUGCCAAUGCUUCUGUAACUUCAUGAAUACUCCGAUGGACUGAUGUUUGGCUUAAGCCACUAUAAAACUCCUGACCUACACAGCGCUGAUAAGAACCAGUAGCGUAAAAGCGUAAAGCUGUUAAUAUUUUGACCUCGAUACUCACUCCUUUCAGAGACUUUCUGUCUACUAGAUGAGGACGCAAGAUGUCAAAUAGGUUUCUUGUUAAUGCUUUAUUUAACCUAAAUAAUUCCACAAAUCUUUGGUUAGAUAAAGAAAAUGCAUCACUGCGGCUGCGAAGUUCCAUUCUUCGAUGCAUUAGCUUGCGAUUUCUUACUGCAUUUUCGUUUGCAAGAACUCGAUCCCGAACAAUUGGCAACAUUAUAAAUAAACUGUCAAUAAUCAACCGAAAAUCAACAAUUUAAGUCUCCUAACAGUCCCAACUAUUGCUUAGAGGUUUAAGAACAAGUAAUAGUACUGGAAGUAGCAAACCAAUAACACUUGGUAAAUUAAAAUUGCAAUUAAAAAUGCUAUAAGAACAUAAACAAUUUAAAAAGGUUGAAGUUGUUUGGUUUGAGGUUAUUUUCUGUGAAAAAAGUUAAAAAAAC